AUAAAGUGUUGGGAGACUGUUAGAGUGUGUAGAGAGCACUAGAAGCUGAUUAUCAGCUAAAUUUCUCCACUGAGAGAGAUCCGUUAUGACCUCCAUAUUUCAUCGGAACAUGCACAGAAAUGGACACCAAGAAGACAGCGAUAUGUCAGCGGAUGAAGAGCCCCUUUUUCAACAAGGGCCCGAUGAUGGAAGUAGGAUAAAUGUAAUAAGGAACAUCAAUACCUAUGCCAGAACAAAGACAUUAGCCCAAGGUUUCCUUGACAUGGCUCUUUUUACAGCUAAUGCUUCACAAAUGAAGCACCUUCUUCAAGAAGGCCCUGUGACUCAGUUCUACUAUUUCCUUUUCACCUUGUUGUGUAUUUCAGUUAUCCUACAGUUAAUUGUGGCAGCUAUUUUGAUCUACAAAGGAUCCAAGAACAUUGAAUAUGAUGACCCAGAGCGUAGGCUAAGUGACAGAGUUCACCUGCUGAAUAACAUUGUGACCGGGCUAAUACUAGUUAUCACAGCUGUCAACGUGUUCAUCACUGCUUUUUGGUUCUCUCCCCUUCACUCGACCCCUGAGGACCAAAACUUUCGUACAGUUGAAACUACCGCUGAGUGUUAACGGGAUCCAUAUUAUGUGAAACCUUCUAUGAAGACAGAAAUGUUCCUCACAACACGGAAUACAAUUAUGUGGGCUAAAGCUGACAAGACUUCAAUUCACUUUUAAAAAAGAGGAUUACUGUGUUUUUUCUCUAGGUGUCAAAGGAACAAGCAAUCUACAGUGAAACAAGACAUGACAUUUAUUGAACUAUGGUUUUAUUAUGUUUUUCUACAAUAUAGUUGGCUCAAAACUGCAUGUGAAAUCCUGUAGUUUUGUUAAAUUGAAGCUUUUGUGUUUUUGCAUUUACUUUGAGUAUAAUCACAGGCAAGUACUGAGUGAAUAAAGAAACUUGGGUGUA